AUGGAACCCCGCUUUUUAGGUUCAGCGACUGAAUUUGCUAAGGCUGAGCUAACGCCUGUUACGUCGUCCCGCGGGCAAAAUAACACUCACCUUCCAGUACAAACUGGCCGACGACCCCUCCUUCACCGUGCUCGGCAUGCUGAUCGAAUACCCCGCGGAGACGGCUCCACACCCCCGCAUCGCCACGGCACCGCCUCAGUGAUCGGCCACGUGCUCGAGGGCGAGAUCCUCAGCGCCAUGAACGGUGAGGAAGCCAAAGUCUACAAGCAGCACCAGACCUGGUACGAAGCCCCCGGCUGCCACCACCGGAUCAGCGAUAACAACAGCAAGACGGAGAGCGCGGUUCUGCAUGGGACGUUUGUGAUCAAGACCGAGAUUCUGGAGAGGGAAGGGCCAGGCGUGCUGGUUCAGAUUGAUCCGGAGUACAGGAUGGAAUCGGUGCAGCAAGGGGCCGGUCAGGUCGCUCAGUCGGUGGUGGAUUCGGUCAAGGAGCGUCUGCCAGGAGCCGAGAGUUAG